AUGUUGCCGGGUGAUCCUGCGUGGUGCUUCACGGCGAAAUCUAGCGUCUCCACAGGUGAGUUGAUCCCUGGCGGCUUGUACUUGGACUAUGCUCGGCUGACGUAUUACGAUGGCGCCAGCCUUUUGUUUCUCAUGAUCCUGGUGCUGGUAGCUGGUGGAACGGAAAACACCGGGCCCCAGCUGGUUGGAAUCCUGGUGUCUUUGUGCUUGGUGACCGUGUCCUGGCUCCUAGCACCUUUCAUCUUCAAUCCAUACCAGUUUCGGCCGUCUUGCUGGAUCAAUGACAUCAAGGCUUGGAUGAGGUUCUUCCUCGAAGAUGGCGGCAUGCACUGGAAAAAGUGGUUCACCCUGAACCAGCUGAAGCCACGCCGCGGCUUCCGUGCAACGGUGCUGCAGAUCGGCUUCAUUAUGGAGCUUUGGUUUGUCGUGACAUGCUUCGCCUCUUUGAAUGCACGCACCGCGGUGGUGUGUCAGGUGUCGGAGAUGUGGCGGCUCUACUACUGGAACUUGCUGUCGCCUCCGAUCUUUGCACCUGCGGUGUUUUGCAUCUUACUUGCUUGCUGCGGUGCUUUAACCUGCUCCAAGGGUCUAAGUUCCAGACGUAGCACUCCGAAGCUGGAUGACACCUACGCCGCUUUGGGGACUCCCAAAGAUGAGGAGUCACGGUCACACCUUUGUCCAAAGAAGUGUCCAUUGAUUUUGGUGUCUUUGCUCGUCUCCCUUCUCACGGUGCUCGAGCUUGUAGCGCCCUUGGCCUGGGUGGCGUCACUCGGCUGGAAAAAGGCCUGCAUGCUAGCACUCUUGCUGAAGAUCUUUUGGCUUAGACUUUGCAUAGGGCUUGCCAUGACUGCGAUCCGUUCCUCCUGCUUCGAGCGAUUGGGUUGCAUCGGUCGGCCCUUAGAGCUAUGGUUAGAUGCUCUUUGUAUGUUUCGAGAUAUCUUGGUGUCGUCCAUCAUUUUUCUGGCCCUUUGCCCUUUGGUGCUGCUCUCCGGCAUUUCUGAAUUCAUAUGUCCAACUUUCAGCAUCCACCACCUAAUUAUUUAUAGGCAACCAGGGCAUACGGAUCGUGAAAAUUUGGACUUCGACCCGAUCUUGAUCCGCAUGUGUUUCGAAGAGGAGGAUUCGGAGGAGGGACUUGACCACGAGAAAACGACAAUGCCACCGACGUUUGUCCAAGCUCCGUGCCAGGCUCCAAAGGCCGUAGGCCACAUGUGGUGCCAGUAG